AUGACUUUGUACACUUCCGCAAAACGCGUCCUGUGGAGUCCUCCAUCUCCUGACGAAUCCACGGGUAUUCUAUUACUACUCUUUGAUUGGGCUGCAGCGACCAUUACGUCGUAUACAGGUGUUGAAUUUGGUAGUAAAACUCGGAUGCAAAUGCAUCGGAAAGCCUACAUCCAAUCCUGUAGUAAAAUAAGCCAAUCGGAAGAGCAACCACAUUACUUGGCACAUAGAAGCAAUUUAACCUGGGGAAUACCCACAACGGUAAAUAGACAUUUCUCAUUCUCAAUAGGAUUGAUUUUUAUUAUUAUGAAUGAUGUACAAAUGAUCGGUUGGUAUGAUGACUACAAGCCAAGACGACAAUACGGUAGCUUUAACGCGGACAUUUAUUCUUGGAUAAGAAAAAUUGGCUAG